AUGACAAAAACAAAAGUGACGUGAAUUUUUAUUUUUAGCACCUUAAAUUGGUGUUUCUGUAAUGAUUAUUCAUUUCUGACAAGCAAAAAUGUCCUACACAUCCACCUUGGACCCUGAUGAAGCCUUUGAUUAUCUUUUUAAGAUAGUGUUAAUUGGAGAUGCAGCCGUUGGUAAAACUUGCGUUGUGCAAAGAUUCAAAUCAGGAACUUAUACAGAAAAACAUGGCAGCACCAUUGGAGUUGAUUUUACCAUGAAAACAUUAAAUAUUGAUGGUAAAUUAGUAAAGCUUCAAAUAUGGGAUACUGCUGGACAGGAACGCUUCCGUACCAUAACACAGAGUUACUAUCGUAGUGCUAAUGGUGUUAUAAUAGCCUAUGAUAUAACAAAACGUUCCACCUUUAACAGUGUACCUAGAUGGAUUGAAGAUGUUAAACGCUAUGCAGGCAGUAAUAUUGUUCAGUUAUUAGUGGGAAACAAGAGAGAUUUAGAAUCCUUGAGAGAAGUCAGCCAAGAAGAAGCUAAGGCUUUUGCCCAGCACCAUAGAAUGAUUGGAUCUGAAGAGACAAGCGCCAAAGAAAAUACAAAUGUUGAUGAUGCCUUUCUGAAAAUGGCUCAGGAGUUGAAGAAAAAAUAUGGUGGAGAUGCAGGUAUGAUGACAAGUUCAGAUGAUGCAAGAAUAGAUUUAAAUUCACAUUCAGUCAGUGGGAAAUCAGGAGGAUGUUGUGGAUAGCCGUGGUCUUAGUGGAUUUUUUUUUAACAAUAUCAUGACAUUCCUUAAACUAAUAUGAUAUGAGAAACACUUGUCAUAU